CUAGACAGCAGUAACAAUUACAAACAAAAAUAACAACUAAAAUCAAAAUCAACAGAUUCAGAUAACAAUAGUGACAUAUUCCUAACAAGCAACCAUCGAUUAACAAUCAAUCAAUCUACAGCAACAGCAACAGCAGUAAUAGAAACAAGAACCAUGCAGCGACUACGUACAACAUUCACGCGAUCGCGAACUCCGACGGGAGCUGAAAUGAAAAUGCAGAAUAGUCUCGAGGUGCCCAAGCAGGUGCGCUCCGCUUCCUUUGACGAGAUGCAGCUGGAGGCGCAGCGCGUGUCGGCGCAUCUGCUGAAGCAGCAAUCGUCCUCGUCGGCCGAGGAACGCAGCUCGGAGGGCGGCUACCUGCAGGUGCCGCAGGCGGCGCAUGCUCAGCGCUCGCACAGCUUCGAUUCUGCAGCGGCGUCGGUGGGCAGCGACGAUUCGGGCGCCUUUCUCGAGGUGCCGCGUCGCCUAAAGACACGUCGCAGCUCAUCGACGAAGACGCCGCCGCCCUGCAUUCACUGCUACUAUGUGGAGCAAUAUGAGAAGCAGAUGAGCGCCGAGCAGCGUUACUUUAUCGAUCAUCGCGAGCUGACGACGCUCAGCUACAGCAACACCAGCUCCGAGGUGAGCGACGACGACGAUGAUGAUGAUGUCGAGGACAUUACCGAGGCGCUCGAGGAUGAUGACGACGACGAGGAGGACGAAGAGGAGGCCGAGGCUGAAGCGGAGCCGGAUGAUGGCCGAACCGAUGGCCCUGGCGGCGAAGCUGAUGCCGAGGCGGAUGCCAGCGCUGGCGGAGAGCUGAUGGACGAUGAUGCGGCCGUCGAGAUGGACAUACGCAUGUCCAAUCUGAGCAUGGGCAGCAGCAUCGAGGAGUCGAGGGCCCGCCUGCCACGGCAGAUGCGUCGCCACACCAUUGGCAGCUCGGUGACGACGUCCGAGGACGAGGGACUCGAGGGAUCCGAUCACGGUUCACCGCACUUUGGCAACACGCUGUUGCCGCCGCAACCCGCAACGCCGUGUGGCAUCACCUUCACGCUGUCGCCGACCAACGGCGACUAUCCGCCGCUGCCCAGCUAUGCGUUCCCCAUCGAUCCCAGCUCGCCGCCUCUGACACCAAACUCGUCGCUAAUGCGCUCCAAUCUAGCGCUGGAGUUGCCCUCAUCCUCGGCCACCGGGCAACUGCAGCUGGGCGCCACAGCCGUGGCAGCAGCUGCUGCACUCACGCUGCCUGCCAUUGCCACCGGUGGUAGCGGUGGCAUCGGUGGCAGCGCUGCAAGCAGCGCCACCUGUGCCAGCGCCGAUGCCGAAGAUGCGGGCGCUGCGAUGGGCGUGCCGAUGCGGGCCAGACGUCGCUCAAUAUCGCGUCAGGAGGCCAUCUUCGUGGAGCCCACGGGCAAUUCGCUGGAGAAUGUGUCCCAUGAGGAGGUGGACAACAACAGUGGGGCGCACAAAUCAUCGAUGGACACCGCCGAUUCGCUGGAGGAGGCAUCCACCAUGGCCACCUGUGGCUCACCCAUGGCACAAGCAGCAAGUGGAGGAGGAAGUGGAGGAGGUGGAAGUGCCACCGCUGCGGCACAUCAUGCUGCAUUUGUGGUGCGCGACAUUUACUUGACCGUGCCGGAUCUGAAGCGUGAUCGCGCCGCCUCGGUGGACUCCUGUUUCUCCAAGGUCUCCUCGGGUGGCAAAACCGAGGAGCUGCAGCCCUCCGGCGAUGGCUGCUUCCUGGCGGUGCCCAACAUCAAUGCGACGCGUUCCCGUUCCGUUGACAUUGUCCUGCCCACCGAUGAGCAGGCGCGCUACAAAGCGCUGGCGAUGACCGGCAGCGGUGGAGCAGCCGCUGGUCUCUAUGCAGCCGACGGACGCACGGCCUCGUCGAGCAAUGCGCGUAGACCGAUUCGCAUUGUGCCGGACUGGACAGAGAAUGCGGUGCAGGGCGAACACUACUGGAAGCCCACCUCGGCCUCUGGUGAUCUCUGCUGCCUCAACGAGGAGUGCAUCAAGAGCGGACAGCGAAUGAAGUGCUCGGCAUGCCAGCUGAUUGCCCAUCAGAAUUGCAUUCCAAUUGUGAAUGAAAAGACUCAACUAGUGUGUAAGCCAACAUAUCGAGAUGUCGGGAUCAGGCAGUAUCGGGAGCAGACAACAACCCAUCAUCAUUGGGUGCAUCGCAAGUUAGAGAAGGGCAAGUGCAAGCAGUGUGGCAAGGCCGUGCAGAGUAAGCUCUUUGGCUCAAAGGAGAUUGUCGCCUUGUCCUGUGCCUGGUGCCAUGAGAUUUACCACAACAAGGAGUCGUGCUUCAAUCAGGCCAAGAUUGGCGAAGAGUGUCGCCUGGGUGACUAUGCGCCCAUCAUUGUGCCACCAUCGUGGAUUGUCAAGCUGCCCAACAAGGGCAACUUCAAGUCCUCGAUUCGUGUGAGCAACAAGAAUAGCGCUGCAGGCGGUGCUGGCGGCGGUGGUGGAGGCGGUGGCGGUGGCGGUGGCGGCGGCGGUGCUGGCGGCAAGAGCAAAAAGCAAUUGCAGAAACGCCAGAAGGGCAAGGAGGAGAAGAAGGAGCCGCGCGCAUUCAUUGUAAAGCCCAUUCCAUCGCCGGAUGUAAUACCGGUCAUUGUCUUUAUCAAUCCCAAGUCCGGUGGCAAUCAGGGCGUCAAGCUGCUCGGCAAGUUCCAGCAUCUGCUCAAUCCACGUCAGGUGUUUGAUCUGACACAAGGUGGUCCCAAAAUGGGACUUGACAUGUUCCGCAAGGCGCCGAAUUUGCGUGUCUUGGCCUGUGGCGGCGACGGCACUGUUGGCUGGGUGCUCUCCGUCCUCGACCAGAUCCAUCCGCCGCUGCAGCCGGUGCCCGCUGUGGGCGUGCUGCCUCUUGGCACUGGCAACGAUCUCGCUCGCUCGCUGGGCUGGGGUGGGGGCUACACGGAUGAACCGAUUGGCAAGAUACUGCGCGAGAUUGGAAUGUCGCAGUGCGUGCUCAUGGAUCGCUGGCGGGUGCGAGUGACGCCCAACGAUGAUGUGACCGACGAUCAUGUGGAUCGCAGCAAACCGAAUGUCCCAUUGAAUGUGAUCAACAACUAUUUCAGCUUUGGCGUCGAUGCGCACAUCGCACUCGAAUUCCACGAGGCUCGCGAGGCGCAUCCGGAACGCUUCAAUUCGCGUCUCCGCAACAAGAUGUACUACGGCCAGAUGGGCGGCAAGGAUCUGAUACUGCGCCAAUAUCGCAACCUCUCCCAGUGGGUGACGCUCGAAUGCGAUGGCCAGGACUUCACCGGCAAGCUACGCGAUGCUGGCUGCCAUGCCGUGCUCUUCCUAAACAUACCCAGUUAUAGCGGCGGCACGCAUCCCUGGAGCGAUUCAUUUGGCCAGACGAAACCGGCCAUCGAUGAUGGCCUCAUGGAGGUGGUCGGGCUGACCACCUACCAGCUGCCCAUGCUGCAGGCAGGCAUGCACGGCACCUGCAUCUGCCAGUGCCGCAAGGCGCGCAUCAUCACCAAACGCACCAUUCCCAUGCAGGUCGAUGGCGAGGCCUGUCGCGUCAAGCCCUCGAUCAUUGAGAUCGAGCUGCUCAAUCAGGCUCUAAUGUUGUCCAAGCGCAAGCACGGACGCGGCGAUGUCCAAAUCAAUCCGCUGGAGAAGCUGCAGCUGGCCAUACUGAGAGUGACAAUGCAGCAGUAUGAACAAUAUCACUACGACAAGGAAAUGCUGCGCAAGUUGGCCAACAAACUGGGACAAAUUGAGAUCGAGUCGCAGUGCGAUUUGGAGCAUGUGCGCAAUUUGUUGAAUGCCAAAUUCGAGGAGUCCAUAUCGUAUCCAAAGGUCUCGCAGGAUUGGUGUUUCAUCGAUUCCUGCACUGCUGAGCAUUAUUUUCGCAUUGAUCGCGCCCAGGAGCAUUUGCACUACAUCUGCGACAUUGCCAUCGAUGAGUUGUAUAUACUGGAUCAUGAGGCGGCCACGAUGCCACAGACACCGGACCAGGAGCGUUCCUUUGCGGCAUUCUCGCAGCGACAGGCGCAGAACGAGCGACGGCAAAUGGAUCAGGCGCAGGGACGGGGAAAUGGCAGCACGGAUGAGGACUUGCAAAUUGGCUCGAAGCCCAUUAAAGUGAUGAAGUGGAAGAGCAACAAAGAUCGUUUAUUCAGUUUUAACGAAGAUGUUUUUGGUUAUGGAUUCAGCCCUAUACUGGAGCAAACUUCCGAUGCCGUACUACUAGCAGCCCAGAGCGGCGAUCUCAAUAUGUUACGUGCACUACAUGAACAAGGAUACUCAUUACAAUCAGUGAACAAGAACGGGCAGACGGCGCUGCACUUUGCCUGCAAAUACAACCAUAAGGACAUUGUUAAAUAUAUCAUUUCAUGUGCCACGCGACGCGUCAUCAACAUGGCGGACAAGGAGUGCGGUCAGACAGCGCUGCAUAUUGCCGCUGAGCAGAAUCGCCGCGACAUUUGCGUGAUGCUUGUGGCAGCUGGCGCCAAUUUGCAGGCUCGCGAUGCCGGCGGCAACACGGCUAUGAUGGUGGCAUUCAACAAGAAUGCCAACGAGAUUGCAACAUAUUUGGAAAGUAAGCUGGUUGAACAACAACAACAACAUCAACAACAUCAACAACAACAGCAGCUGGGUGUCGGCUGGUCCAAUUCCAAUUCCAAUUCGAAUUCCAAUUCAGAUUCCACAUCGCCGUCGGCCACCUCCAUGUAAAAACCCCCCGCAAAAGAGAAACACCAAAAUGAUUUUUUCAAUUGAUCCACUGUAGAGAUCUCGCUAGCUGUGCACAAACAACAUCAACAACAACAUCCAUCAAAUUUUAAUAUAAUUAUAAAUAAUUAAUCGUAGUGAAGCCAACGCCCAAAAAAAAAAAAAAAACUAACAAAUGAAAUCAUCUGGCUGCUUCAAAUCCGUUUCCAUCUGGUAAUUAUCUAACUAAUCAGCGAAUUUCCUUCUUUUUUGCUCUCGCUCUCACGCCAAAUGGAAAUUGUAUCACAACAAAAAACAAAAACCAAAAACAAAAAUGUACAUUGUAAAUAAAACAACAAACCCAAUGCGAAUAACAACAUUCCAAUGCAAACGACAAAUGUGCAACAAAUGAAACAAACUGCUCCUUUCACCUAAGGUCAAGAGCGUUUCAUGCAUUUGGAGGUGCAAACCAGAAUUUAAAUGUUUAUCGAAUUAAUCAAAAUACACCACUAAUUGAAAAGCAAAAACAUAAAUCUCAAAAAACCAAAAACGAAAAUGUUUUGCAAACAUUUCACUCCCGUUUCGCUUUUGAAAGUUUUCAUUUAUUGUUCAACAAAGAUUCAAAAGAAAAACAAAAUGAAAAAAAAAACAAAAAACUGAGUCCAGUUAGUUAUAUUGUCUAUAGUUUUUGGUCAGAUUUUGUCGGUAGCAAUUAAAGAGCGAAUGCAGACAUGCAUUAUAAAAAUUAAAAUAAAUAAUUACAAUUUUAAGAAUUACAAUUAAUUUAAUUGUUAAGCAACGAAUUCACAACAACACAACACAUUUAGGCGUUGGUCUUUUUGUUUUUAGCAACUAAGUGACAAUUCAUUUACUCAAUUCAUAAGCAAGAAAACAAAAACCAAAAAUACAGAAAGCAAACAAGAACAAAAUGCAAAUUUCCACUCACGUAUAGAAAACACACACACACACUCACACACACCUAAGAAAAGUGUGUGUUAAACUAUUGUUUUGAAUUCUUUGGCAAACAAAAUUAAAAGAUGAUUAUAUUGUGAUAUCUAAAUUUAAUUGUACUAAAAUCUACAACUAAAAAAAAACUAAAUAAGAACACAUUCUAAUUAUACUGAUAAUAAUAUUAAUAAUAAUAAUAAUAAAAUGCAAGCAACUUAUCAAUUUGUUGGACUUGAGAGAAAGUGCAAGAGAAAGCAAACCGAGGCCCACGAGGCGUAUGAUUGAUGUUGAUAUUAGCCAAGACAUUUUUUGCUGUAUAUACUACGUAGUAUGAGAGAAUAUUGAUAAACCACAACAAUAACAGCAAGUUCUAAAUAUUUAUUCACACCCACACGCGUAUAAAUUAUAUAGUAGCACACACACACACACAUACACAUAAGUAUAUAUAGAUAUU